AUGGAGUUGUUGAAAUGUAAUGGUUUACAUUUAAUCAUAUUUUUGCUGUCUGUUUGCCAUUUUACAGAUAGUGCGUUUGACUGCAGGCGGCGUAGAAACAGUGGUUGUAAAAAUGGAGGGACCUGCAGCCUUACUGUGUCUGGCGCUGUGUGCUCGUGCCCUGCGGCAUACUCAGGGUAUGACUGCAGUGUGACAAUAGCCAACAGACAGGCAGAUUUGACACCUUGUUCUAGUAUUCCGUGCAGCAGUGAUGGGACACUUGCCUGUGAAGUUGAUGGCGUUGACAUUAAUUGUAUUUGUAAAGUGGAUUUCUAUGGCAACGACUGCAGUAUCAAUCGAGUGUAUGCUGACUGCAGCGACCCAUCUGGUAUACAGAUUGUGAUGAACCCCUAUAUAACAUCAGGUCAACACUCGGAUUUCAACGGGAAAAUAUACGUAGAAAACAAAGAGGGAGAUGCAUCAUGUGCAUUUGAUCCAAGCAAUCUCCCAACAUCACAAAUGUUUCAAGGGUCAGCUACUAAUGUGUUGGAUUUCAUAAGCACCUAUGAUUGCUUCGAUCCGUUAACUGGAAACCAAUAUGACAGUGCAACGAGUACAUCUAUAGUUGAACUAAAAGUUGUGGUACAAUACGAGUUGUACAGAACUUCUCUGGAUGAUAUUUACACCAUACAAUGUCUUCAUCCAAGUAGUGGGCCGUCAUCUCAGGUCUCGUCAUCUUCCCCUAUCACCAGCCUAAAUCGUCAAGAUGGUGGACUAAACAGUGCGCAACUACAAAGUUCAAUAGAAUUGUCUACGACUGAUGAAUUUGGAAUACCACUUAUUGGUUCUGUCGCUGUUGGAAUUACAGUAAAACUAAAACUUGAACUACUUAAUACUUCAGCAUACUCUGAUUAUUUUGUUCAAAGCUGUACAGCCCAGAAUCUCCCACCGUCAACUUCCUACCCUCCCGGAUCAUUGCUCUCAGUGUCAUUGGUCUCAUCGGGAUGUGCCGAUCCUGCCGCUGUUGACGUCAAUUUUAAGAAUCCGCUGUCGAAGACGCUUCAAGUGACGGAACUGACACUCCGGGCGUUCCGCUUUGACACAGCAAACGUUUGGUUUUUAUGUGAAUUAAUCCUUUGCAAGCCUACAAGUAACGUAUGCGAUCCUAUAACCUGUCGGAGUGGUUUAGGGGGAACUGUAUCAGACCAAGGAUAUGGAAGAAAACGCAGACAAACAUUAAGUAAAGAUCAUUCAGAGCAUGCGCCAUAUGCUGCAUCCACACUUAUAACAGUGACUGAUAUUUCACAUUUCAUCAAAGGUCCAUACUCAGAUGACACAAGUGUCACACAAUACACAAGAACAGACUUGACAAUGAAAAGAUGCAUGGGAAGUUUUAUAUUCUAUGCUGUUGUUAUAGUUUUUGUAACACUGUUUACUUUGGUUGCAAUAGCAAUGAUAUUGGUGUAUAAGUGCAAAUCUUGAUACAUGAUUACGAGAAAAUUUGGAAUCUAGAUAUCAAAUACAUACAUGUAAUAUUGAGAAACUCUAAAGAAUGUUCAUAUGGUAUUCUUAACUGUACU